UAAAAUGUUUAUUUUAAUAGAGUCGACCUGCACUUCUUGCAAGAAACCGUCAGAGCAGCUAAAGAGAUGUACGGGAUGUCUGCAGGUGUCCUAUUGCUCCAGAGAGUGUCAAGUUCAGGACUGGACCCAGAAACACAAGGAUGAGUGUGCAAAGAUAAAUGUACAAGAUAAGGAGGGAGAUUAUUUACAAGAAGUAGAGAAGGGAGACCAGAAAGACGCUGUGUUCAGCAAGGAGAAGACCACUGCAGAAGAUAACGGUCACAAAUCGCUCAAUGUUUGUACUGUAUGUGGCAAAAAGGGUACAAUGAAAGUAUGCCAAAGAUGUAAGGUGCAAAAAUAUUGCUCUCCUGAAUGUCAAAAGACAGACUGGAAAAAGCACAAAUUAAACUGCACAGAUAAAUCAACAUAUAGAAAUGAAAAAGGCUUUGGCGAUCCAUUGCCAAUAUGUGCAAACUGUAAAAAUCAAAGUGCAUUACUCAGGUGCUCUGGCUGUAGGAUUGUAUAUUAUUGUUCAAAUGACUGUCAGACGUCAGAUUGGGAUAAACACAAAACAUCAUGUAAAGCAUACAGCAUCCAGAAAAGAGUAAGAGAAACUCUCACUGUUGGAGAAUGUUCAAUGAUGGGCCUUGUCACACCCGAAGAACACGGAGGGAGAAACCCAAAUGAAGGACAAGACUUACAAAUCCCAAACGUAUUCGGAAGUACUUCUUGUCAUCUGUGUAAAUAUAACGUUGGGAAUAGCAAUGUCACCUGUACCGUGUGUAUGUCUGUUCUGUACUGUUCUGAGCGUUGUAAGGAUAUAGAUAAAUAUGAACACAAAUUUCAUUGUAAACCAUGUAUCUACCAAGAAUCAGGAAUUUCAGUAUCGUCACGCUUGGGAGAUUCUCGGGACUCUAGUUAUGGCUUCUCUGCUUCGCCCUCGCACGCUAAAUUUCCCAUGCCAAAAGAUCCGUUAUUCGUCGAAGAUAAUGCGGAUUUGAAAUGGAUCGUGGAAAGAACUGCACAAUCACGCAGUAAGGCGAUAGAUAAAGCUAAAUUGAAGUUUCCCUGCCACACUUUGAUUACCCGUCUCAGAGAAAUCCCAAUAGAAGAGAGGUCAAUGCUUUCUUCCAACAUAUCUACACUUCCUUUUGUGUUUCUCGCCUACAUAAGAAGGUUCCAUAACUACAGGGGUCGCCAUAACGUUUACUUGCAGGAUUCUGAGAGGCGGGAGAUUUAUGCUUCCUUUUCCCUCCCAAACGACGAUCCAACACCAUACUUUGAGUGGAGUGACCUUGUUCCUGGAAAAUUCAUCGCCAUUUUGUUCCCCUGUAUCCAUUUCUUUCGUGAUUUCAGUGUUGGUCUGCGCGUGGAUAAGGCCCAAAAUGUUUACUGUUUCGAUGUAGAAGAAUGACAUGUCCAUAAACAAAUACUAGUACAUACUGGAUUUUAAUUAAUACAGUUAUUCUCGAAG